AUGGCUAAACAUAUCUCAAAGAAGAAGAAGAAGAAGAAGAAGACAAAUACAACUGUUAUACCACCCGAAGAUUCGGUUGACAAGUCAUUUUUUAAGGAGGCACAAACUUCUGACAUUCUUGCACACGUAUCUAAUAUGGAUGCAAAUGUCAUCAUGGGUGAGGAUGAUUCGAAGAAAGAUGAACAAGGUAAACCUUCGCAUGUUACCUCAGAAACUUUUGUUUCUUUUCCUCCACAAAUUACACCUAUCAUACCCAUUACUUCUACCACAGAUUCCCCUACAUUUGAAAACAUCAUCAAACAUCCAUUUACUUCUCUUUUCUCUUCUCAAUCAACUGAUCCACCCACAACCACUUCACCAAUUCAAGCAUCUAUCUUUAUGGAGACUGAGAAUGAAUAUGAAGUUUUUGGAGGUACUUUUGAGAAUUUGGUAUUUGAUGAAGACGAAGUUGAUUUCCCAGAUCAUAUGCUUAUGACAAUGAAUCAGUUUAAAAUCUUGAAUACAAAGCUGAAUUCUAUUCUUCAAUCACAAGCAGAUCUUGGGGGAGGGGAAGAAAGGAAGGGUGAUGAUGCGAAGGCUGGUGGUGAUGAUGCGAAGCUGGUGGGAAAGGUAUUUUCUUCAAAGAUUCCAACUACGAAGCCAAUCAUAGCAACUGUUGCUCCAAUUACUUCGACAGUGGUAACAAUUCUGCCAAUAACAAGACCAGUUUUGAAAGGUAUUGUGAUUGGUAAAUCUGCUGAUAUUGGUGGAAGUGAUUUGAAAACGAAAGAAGUAAUAGAAGAUACAACUUUGAAAUCCAUAGGAAAAACAGUGGUCCAUCAAAGCAUUAUAACUACGAAACAAUCAAAGCCAUCAAAGGGCAAGUGA